AAAUAUAAUCGAAAUUCGGAAAUUCGAGAACAAAUCCAAAUUAUAAUGGAUAAACUAGGACUCGGCUGUCCGUUUUCCUUCCUUGGAGGAAAAGAGGGAAGACCGCAGGGAAUCAGACAGCCAGAUAUACUCCAGCUAAACUACGACUGUUAUUUGGAGAUACUUUCGUAUCUGAACGCACUCGAGGACCAACUAAAUCUGGGCCGCGCCCAUCCCCUGUUCCGCCAAGUGCUGGCGAGCCUAUUGCCUACGCGCUAUAGUAAAAUCAAUGUGAAGAUGCUAAAAACCGUCCAGGACUGGGAAUACAUGCUGGAACUGUGCGGUUCUAGCGUGGUUCGUUGUGAGGUACCCCACGGUCGCUGGGACGAGUCCUUCACCCACCCAUUUCUGGAUCUUCUCAGCCAGCACUGUUCGAAUCUGCAACAACUUGUGCUGAUAUUCAUGCACUCUGACACGGACACACCGCCCGCGUCGAGGGACAGUAGAGGUGGACACACUACCAUUAUGCAGCUGCUGAUAAAGCUUCCUGGCCUGAGAAACCUGACGCUAAUCGAUGCUAGAGCGCCUCAGCUUGAACAGUUGCAAAAUUUCCGUGAGCUGCAAGCCCUAGAUGUGGAUGGGAUUGACGUCAAUCUUGCUGAAGAGAAUUUCGUGCGGAUGUUUCACAACAAGGCGAAAUUGUGCCGCCUCUUGUUGAACUUUGGACGAGCCCUGAAACGCUCGUAUCAACUGCCCCAAUUGGCAGACCAUUGUGUUCAACUGGAACAUCUAACACUGGAGAACUUUCACUUGAACCUUCCCGAUAUAGGAGAGUUUAGGUCGCUGAAAUCUCUGCGUAUGAUCUCGCGCUGGAUUGGGGAAGUGAACAGCGAUUUCUAUAAAUCCUUGGCCAAACGCUAUGCCAAUCGCUUGGAGCAGCUGCAGCUCCUGUCUAUUCGCGUUGGGCCAGCCCAAGUGCAUCACAUACUGGCACUUAAGAUACUCAAGGCGCUCGAAUGCGACAACUGGCCCUCAGAAUCUGUGGACAAAUUGAGUCAACUAACUGAACUCGAAUGCUUGGCCAUAGAAUGUAUUAAUCCCAUUAAAGGAGUCAAUUGUCAGCUUCUGUCUGUCCUAACCAGCUGCUCCAAGCUGUCACAUCUGAAGCUGGGCAAGCGCUGGCAGAUGACCAGCUCUGAGGCGAAACAAUUUGUGUCCGAUGUUCGAGACGUUCGUAUGGAGUCCAAAACGAAGCUAUUGCUGACACUUUCGUUCAUCAAAUUGCCGGAGCACCAAAAAAUGUUGAUUGAUCUGUUCACGAAUCACAAGCAUUUAAGUCUUGGUUUUCAUGACGUCUGCCAUUACUGUCGGCCAGAUACUCACUCCAGGUGCGACACAAUUUUUGACUAAGACACAAAAACAUAUGUACCUCGCAAUGGGAAUGUUCAAUGGCAACCGUCAGCCUUAGUAUCCAAUCGUUGUAGGCGAUACCAUUCAUCUCAAACUCGCGUCGCCUACUCUCAUAAUCGUAGACAUCAUCCUCUACAUCUAUCCACUUGUGCGAGUCCAUAAUUAUCAGGGGCAGCCUUCCAUCCAUCCGUACGUCAAAUGCAGGAUGCCACAAAAUGCAGGUGGCAUGCGAAUCCAUAAAAUAUUUUUGGGCUAAAUGGAAACACCGACUUAGAGUACUACCAUUUAAUUGCCAAGACACUCCAAAACUCACCCAGAAAAUUCAGAACGAUUGACCAAUAACUUGGUUCGACUAGAAUAUGAGUCAUUAUUUCUUUGUUCCUUCGGAUUAGAUGUCCCUCCUCUUAUAUAUACAAAGAUAUCUGUUACGAGUAUCCAUUCUUAAUUUCGUAUUUAUAAAAAAUUGUGCAAUUGUCAAUCAGUAUUAAUUUUAAAUUGUAUUUAUUUGAGUUGCCAUUCGGAUGAAGUACCUGAAGAAAGUGCGUCUUACUGGGAUUAUAAAUAAUAUAGGAGAUACUCGUAUAUAAUUAUAGGGCUUCCAAUUGAGCAGCAGAGUGGCUAAUUUCUUAAGUUGUUAAGUGCUGAAGACACGAGACGAGAACUCUUCAAAUAUUUAUUGACAUAAAUAUAUGUUUAGCGAUUAUUGUAAAUAUUAAACAAAUAUAAUUUUGCAAAUCAUGUUAAA